UCCCAUUGUGCACACGACCUUAUGAAGCCGAUCAACAUUAUGGCCUUUUGCCUCUGUGCGGUCGGAACUUCUGCUCUGCCGCUGUCCACCAGCGAGCGCCAGGCGCUGCAGACCGAGCUCGAUGCGUGGAAGCGCAGCGCGGCUGGCAAAGCUGCCGCCGAGCACGGCUACGUACCAAAGACCGAGUCGGGGGAGCUCGGCGGCAAGAAUCUCGAGCUCGAGCGCUUUGCGGCCACGAAGAAGGUGGUCGCGCAGCUCAACAAAGCCAACCCGCACGCAACGUUUACCGAGAAGAACCCGUUUGCGCUCCUGAGCGACGCCGAGUUUGCACGGUUCGCCACCGGUCUUGGCAACACAACGACACCGGCUCGAGCUCUCACAGUCGACGGACAGCUCACGCCACUCCAGCGCACCGCGGCCGGCGUCGACUGGUCUGCGGAUGCCUGCAUGUCGGGCGUGCGCGACCAAGGCGCCUGUGGCAGUUGCUGGGCGUUUGCGUCGGUGGGGGCAGCGGAGUUUGCGCAAUGCAAGGCGACCGGGGCCCUCGCCGCGUUCUCGGAGCAGCAGCUCGUGAGCUGUGCCUCGAGCGCCGGCUACGGCUGCCAAGGCGGGUGGCCCAACAAGGCGCUCGACUACUUGACGACGGCAGGUGCGUGCGCGGGCACGUCGUACCCGUACGCUUCGGGCAACUCGCGUGCGAGUGGGCAGUGCGACAGCGGCUGCAGCAAGCAAAAGUUGCGCCUCGGUGCGUCCGUGAGUCUCUCGGGCGAGAGCGCGCUCCAGAGUGCGCUCGAGAAGCAAGUCGUCACCGUGACCGUCGAAGCCAACAACGACGUGUGGCGCAACUAUCAGAGCGGCGUCGUGACGCAGUGCCCGGGCGCAUCGUCCGACCACGCGGUCGUCGCCGUCGGGUACGGGUCCGAGAACGGUGUCGACUUUUUCAAGAUCAAGAACUCGUGGGGCGGCGCCUGGGGGGACGCCGGCUACAUGAAGCUCCAGCGCGACGUCGGCGGCAAGGGCAUGUGCAAUCUUGCAGCCAACGGCGCGUACGCGCCAAUCAACGGCGGCGCGUCACCGCGCACAAAGCACAAGCCAACGCACAAGCCGCAUGCACCGUCCAAGGCACCCUGCUCGCCGUCGCCGAUGCCAUCGACGUCGCCGGUACCAUCGACGCCGUACCCGUCACCGGCCCCGUACACCCCGGCGCCGAUCCCGACAGAGGCACCGAGUGAUGACCCGAGCGAAGACCCGAGCGACCCGACAGAGGCACCGAGUGACGGCCCGACGGACGAGCCGCUGCCUGAUUGGCCGACUGACUCGCCGUACCCGCAGCCGUCGUCCAACCCGACACCGGCCCCGACACCGGCACCAACGACGCUGUGCGAAAAGUGCAAGGGGUGCUGGGCCCCCGAGACCGCGGGUCGGCAAGGGAUCUGCCUCAGCGCCGACUAUGACAAAAAGUACUGUCUCUACUUGACCAAGAAGCUGCAGACAGUCUGGUGCGGCGACGACGACUUGUACAGCGGCAAAGCGCGGCACUAA